AUGGUCAACAUUGGGUGGGACCCCGACUUGAAGAGGCAGGGCGAACUUCUCUCUCUCGUGCGGCCCGUCCUCUCCACCCUCUCGUGCGGCCUGUCCUCUCCAGCCUCUCGAUCAAGUCCAUUAUCGUCGUCGCGCAGCUUGCCUUGCCGCCAUCGCGCACCUCACCUCACCUCAUCCCCCCACGCGUCUCUCCUCCAGGCGGAGCGCACGUACAAGGCGGUGCCAUUCGUGAUGAGCACGUCGGGGUGGGGUGUGUGGGUGGACUCGCACGCCCAGGGCUCCUUCCUGCUCAACCACGCCUCCGACCCCCACCACCUGGUGCUGCGCUACCCGCUCUUCACGGCGCUGCGCGUGGUCUUCAUGGCGGGGCCGCGCCUGCUGGACGUGCUCGCGCUCUUCUCACGCCUCUCCUCCUCGCGCCCCAUCCCGCCGCCCCUCUGGGCCUUUGCGCCCUGGAAGGGCCGCGACGUGCACCGCAGCAGCCACGAGGUGUCAGUCAACCCGUGGAUGGGCUCGCCGUGUGAGGUUUUGGAAGAUGCGGAGAAGCUGCGGCAGCAUGGCAUACCGGGGUCGGUGAUUCUAAUUGACAGCCCGUGGCAGACGGCGUACAACGACUUCACCAUCAACCGCCACCAGUUCACCGACCCCCAGACGCUCUUCUCCAAGCUGCAUGCCCUCGGCUUCCGGGUGGUGUUUUGGGCGACGCCGUUCGUGAACGAGGUGAACCGCGUGGACAUGCCGGGCAUCACGGCUGCCGCCGGGCCCAACUUCCACGAGGCGGUGCGCCGCGCCUUGCUGGUGCGCAACGCCACGGGGCAGCCGCAGGUGGUGCGCUGGUGGAAGGGGCGCGGGGCGCGCGUGGACUUCAGCAGCGCGGAGGCGGAGCGGUGGUGGCGCGGGCAGAUGGGGCGCAUGCUGCAGUGGGAGGAGGUGUUUGGCGGGGUGAAGGCGGACGACGGCGAGGGCGGGUACUUUGAGGCGGGUGCCGUGUUCCAUGACGGCACGCCGCUCCCCCUCAUGCGCAACAAAUACGUGCAGCUGUACCUGGGCAGCAUGCAGCGCUUCAUCAACCACAGCGUGGGGCCCACCCAGGGCGUUGUGCUCGCCCGCUCUGCCUUCACUGGCACUGCCAGCUCAUUCGUGUGGGCGGGCGACAACAGGGCGUCCUUCUCCCGCGCGGACGGGCUGCCAUCGGUGGUGGUGGCGGGGCAGACAGCGGCGCUCUCAGCGCUCUACCUGUGGGGCAGCGACAUCGCCGGCUAUCUGGGCAAGGCCAUCCCGCGCAACGUCUUCAUCCGCUGGACGCAGUUUGGCGCACUGUCCCCGUUGAUGCAUCAGUUCGGGCAGGCCAACAACGGCCCGUGGGACUACGACGCACUCACGCUGCGCAUCUACCGCCGCUUCGCCCGCCUGCACACCGCCCUCGCGCCCUACCUGCUGCGCGCUGCAUGGCUCGCAAGCACGGAGGGGCGGCCCGUGAUGUGCCCCAUGGCGCUGUGUGCGCAGGGGGAUGAGGCCGCGGAGAGCGGGCGGUGGGAGGGACAGUACCUGCUGGGACCCGCCCUGCUGGUGGCACCCGUCGUCAAUGAGAGCGACCACUUGCACGUGUUCUUCCCAGCAUCCACUCCGCACUGGCGCCAUCUGUUCUCAGGGCGGCGGUACAGCGGAGGGCAGGUGGAGGGGGUGGCGGUGGCAUUGGAGGAGGCGGCGGUGUUUGUGAGGGAGGGCGCGGUGCUGGAGGUGCUGCCCGACCACACCGACACUCUCGUGCCCUGUGGCGCUCACAUCCUCCCCUCCGUCACUUGCAUGCCUAGCCAUCGCACCAUCCAGCUGUGGCCGGGCGGGGCCGGCAGCACAGAGCUGUGUGCGCUGCUGCGUGUGUCGCACCACUAUGAGGGCACCGUCACCCCUGCCUCUCACGGACUGCCGGGCCACUCUGCCGAGUCCGCCAGCAGCGGCAGCGGCGCCGGCGCCGGUCAUGUGAAGAUGAGCAGCGCAGGAGGUGCAAGUGGCAGCUUGGCAGACGAGAGUGGUAGGGGUGUGGGUGGGGAGGGGAGUGGGGAGGGAGAGGUGGAGGCAGACGGGGGUGCGGGGCUGCAGGGAGGGGGUGAUGGUGAUGUGGCGAGGGGCGAGGGUGAGGUGGUGGAGGAUCUUCCUCAGAUGGAUGCAGCGCAGGAGGACGAGGGGGGAGGGGCUGGGGCAGGAGGGGAGGGCAAGGACGAGGGAGAUGUGAGAAUGAGAAGAGCGAGGAGGCUGCUGGGGAUGGGCGACGGUGCUCUGGAGGGGCUUGAAGUGGGUGUGCUGCACUUGAGGAGAGAGCAGCAAGAGGGGGGAGGCGAGCAGCAGCAAGGCGGGGCGGGCGGUGGGAGCGGGGGCAGGCGGGUGUUGGAGGUGGCAUGGGGGGGUACGGCGCGCAGGGAGGUGCAUGUGAUGCUCAUGUUCGAGCACGUCCCCCACGUCACACUCACACUGCUGCCACCCACGGGUGCCGCUCAUGGCGCACAGGAGGGCCGGCGUGUGCCGUGUGAGAGCGCUGAAAGCCUGGACAGGCCGCUGUCUCUCUGCCGUCUGCACCUAGAUAAAGGGAUCACACGGAUAGUUUACCCUGUGUGA